AUGUCGGCUCUAACAACAGUACACGAAUCCCUGCCCUACAUAGACGCGGAGCCCACGCCAGCCCAGCGCGCAGCAGCCGAAGCCCUCAUCGCAGCCGAACUGUCCAGCUCCGAAGCCUCGCCGUCGGACUCCCUGCUACCACCGCUGCGGGAACCCAACUUCUCCCCCCUGAUCGCCCAGGAGCUCGAUCGCGUGGCGGCCCAGCAACCCCUCCGCGGCAUAGACCUCAAGCGCUACGAGGAGCAGGAGGAGCUGUCGGACGCGGCGUCGCUAGAGGACCGCCAGAACGCCCUCGCCCUGGCCUACACGACCAACACGUACCUCACGUCGCGGCACACGCACCUGUCGCUCCUGGACAGCUUCGGAAAGAACGCCUGGCUCGUGGGCAACUGGCAGACGGAAGCCGAGCUCGCAGCCCUGGAGCGGGACCUGGCCGAGGCGAAGCGGCAGAUCGAGAUCGUGAACAACGGCAGGCGGCGCGUGCAAGAAGAGGUUGGCGGGGAGAUGAGGGGGCUCGAGGAGACGUGGAAGAGGGGUGUGGGCAGGGUUCUGGAGACGGAGAUUGCUGUAGAGGGGCUGAGACAGCAGGUGCUGGAACGAAGACGAGCAGGCGGCGGAGAGUGA